AUGAGCGACGAUGAUGAUGGCCAUGCGCAGGCUGACAGCAGUAGCAGCGCAUUAGGUUGGCCCGAAGGAAGAUGGCCUGAAGUUGGCCUGAAGCAGGGCCCCCCGCUCCGGCUCCGACUCCGGCUCUUUCCGCCUCCGACUCCGACAUCCUUUUGGGGCCUUUUUCUCGCCUUAUUUUCAGUUUUCGGUUCGAUUGGCCGCCUCCCGGAAGAUCCUCCACGUGCGUCUCGUCUCCUGGAACUGACCGACUCAGGCAGUGAGCCUGUUGACCCUCGGAGAGUUUUGCUUCUGACUAAUCGAUUUUCGCGCGACGAUAUCGGCCGCCAUGGCCCCAAUUCACGCCCUUUAGUAGCUGGACGCCGGAGUCGGACAAUUUCCCCGGGACCCUGCUUGGAAAAGAAUAGAAUAGCCUGA